UUUGGAUCUCUUCCAUACAAUUACAAUCCGUAAUAUUUCCAACUUUGCUACCUUCACUUCUAGUGUCGAGUCGAGGUAAACACUACGAGCCAGAGAUUUACAACCCCAAGAGCAUACCUACAAAACCGCAAGAAUGUCCCUGUUCACCACGACACGCAUCACUUCGAGACUCCCUGGUCUGCUUGCGAGGCAGCAGCAACAAGCCCUUAGGAUUGCCGCCCCAGCCACCACGGCGCAAGCCCGUCAGAACAGCUCAUGGGUGGGCACCAAGGCCGAAGACCACGCCGUCAACCGGACCAAGAAGCGCGACACGACCGAUGUCUCGACCGAUGCCUCGGCAGCCGGGCAGGAGGACCGAAAGUCGAGCUACGGGGUGCCGGACAGCUCCAAGCAGGGGGGCGCCACGGAGCGCGGGGGGCUGAAGCACGAGCGCAAGGCCAAGAAGGAACAUCCGAAGGCGCCGGAACCGGUCAUCGGGAUGAAUGAUGAGAGAGGACAGGUAUUUUGCACACCCUUACUUUUUUGUUGAUGUGAUGUGAUCCCGGUGUGUUGGGGCGGAUUCGGCUAACUCGCCUAUCUCUCAGCGAGGUCACUAAAUAUCGACGGACGAGGAUUGCUGGCUUCACGCCAGUCGUUGACACUACUUGCUUUUGCAGUUGAAACGCUCGUGUUCUCUUUGUGAUUGUAGCAUCAUCUCGGUUUAUAGUUUCAUUAUCAUGUUCACUGUACAUAGAUUGUAU